UUUUGGAUCGCAGUCGAAGUUUGGGUGUCGUGAUAAGUCGCUCGUUAAACGGUUCAUAUUUAGAACAGUGAUAAAACCGGAUUUCUAGAAAUAUUAAAUAUGGCUUCUAAGUAUGAGAAAGUGCUCCUGGCGUGUGUUGUUUUGUGCUGUUUCUUCUGCCUGGUGCAUUGUGAAGACGAGGAUCAAAAUGUGGCAGAGGCGCGAACCUUUGGUCACCACUUUUUGAAACGUAUCAGCUUCGCCAUCAUCCCCACGGCGUUCGUUGUUGGAGUAAUCACCACGCUGCUGUCCGCGCUGACCGUUGUCUCCAUGAAGGGUUUGGGUGUUGGGAUCAUCCUUCUAGUACUUGCCAUCUCGCAAUUCCUGGCAAGAAAUUUCCCGGCCGCCCUCCCGCCGCCACCGAUUGCCUAUGCAGCGCCGGCUCACCCAGGACCCAUCCCGAUCGUCUACCACAAGGACUGGUAAUACAUAAUGAACUGCAGGAGUACGCGAUCUCGGAUGUGCGAGUAAUUUUAAGAUAAUUUAUUGUUUUAUUUAUUAUUAUUUAUUUCUCCCGCCAAUCGAGUCACGAGUGAAUGAGUAAUCUGUAUUGUGAACAACAAUGGAUUGCCCUGUGAGGGCAACUA